AUGGAUGCAGUUGGCUCCGCAAUUCGCCCCAUGCUUUCGCCCAUCACUCGCAACCUUCCCAAGCCCAUCGCGGACUUGGGCGAGUCACUCCUCGGGUCCGUCUGCUACCAGACCCUCUUGCACGACAUCGAUCUCACCAAGACCGAAUGCGUCAAGCUCGCCAUCUCGAAGGGUCUAGGAAUCGGCAUUAUCGGCGCAUCAUCGGUCGUUAAGAUUCCACAGCUGCUCAAGGUGCUCAACUCGCAGUCCGCUGAGGGUCUCUCCUUCCUCUCUUACGUGCUCGAAUCUGGCGCCUACCUCAUCUCGUUGAGCUACAACGUCCGCCAUGGAUUUCCAUUCAGCACGUACGGCGAGACGGUGCUCAUCCUGAUCCAGAACAUCGCGAUCGCGUCCCUGGUGCUGAACUACAGCGGAAGGCAGCCUGCGAUCGCGGCGUGGAUUGCAGGGUUGGCUGGUGCUGGAUGGCUUCUUUUCAACGAGAACCAGGUCAACGAGGCGAACCUCAGCUUGGCCAUGAGUGCCGCAGGUGUUUUGGGCGUAGCGGCCAAGGUCCCUCAGAUCUUGACGAUCUGGUCUGAGGGCGGUACUGGCCAGUUGAGCGCAUUCGCUGUCAUCAACUAUCUCCUCGGCUCCGCCUCGCGCAUCUUCACCACCUUCCAAGAAGUCGACGACCCGCUCAUCCUCUACGGCUUCGUUGCCGGCUUCGCGCUCAAUCUCGUCUUGUUCCUGCAGGUUCUGUACUACUGGAAUGCACCCGCGUCGAAGAACACCGAGAGCAAGAAGCUCAACAAGCCCGUCGCACCAGCUGUCGCGGCAAACCAGGAGGAGAUGAAGCGCGCUGUGUCGAGCGGCGCUGCGCCCUCUUACUCAAGCGUCGCUGGCAAGAGCCCUAGCACCAGGCGCAGGGGAUAG